AUGCCACCUAGAUCAACUAGCAAACUGCAGAACGGGGAUUUCCUGGGCCCAUACACAAACCAGCCUCCAUACACAAACCAGCAGUCUUACCCAUGCCCCCAGCUCGUCUUCCCUCACCCACGCGAGCCCCAGAUUUCCUCCAUCCGCAAUACUGGCCCCUCCCGAGGCACAAGUUGCGUGUACACACACACGCAGGGAGCUCAUCCUCUUCCUCCAAACACUCUCCCGCUGCUUGGGGUCACCGACGCAAACCCGCCUCCCGUCGCCAGCCGCCCCCUCCACCCGGCACAUGCUUUCCCCCCGCCUAUUGACACCACUCAGCGGGCACCAAUGCCAGGCAGCAGCCCGCGUGGUCUGGCUCAAGCGCCGCCGCAGGUCACGCAGUACGCACAGGCGCAGCCGGCCAGACUGGAGGAUGUGCGCCAGGCGCUGGAAGAGACUGAGAGGCGCAUCCGGACGGCCAACAAGCGGAUCGUCGAAAUUUUGGACAGGAUUUUCCAAACACGGAUGAAGCUCAAGGUGUCCACGAGCGCAGAGGAGAAGAAUGCCAAGCUCGAAUACCACCAGAGGCUUGUCAUGGAAUUCGACCUCUGGGUAAGCGACUUUAAGGCUCAGGGACACAAUUGGUACCAGACUCGUAUCAAAAUCCUUCCGUACGGCCCCGAAGCUCCACCGGUUCCCACCGUGUACGAUCAUCUGGGAGAGAUCUGGUGGGCCCCAGAAUGGCAGGACGAGACGCACCUUGAGGGGCUAGUGGUAUUGGAGCUCAAGGAGAUUCUUGGCAACCGAUACCUGACCAAGAGCGGCAGCAAGGCGAACCUCACGCUCCGCUUGGCAGACUGGGCACGGAAGAAGAUCAUCGAGUGGCGACAGGCGAUGCUUCCGCCACAUUAUGACCCGGCCGACGACAGCCGCUGCAAGGAGCUGGCCACGAUGACGCUGGCGAAGCAGUUGAGGGGUCAAGCUAUCGCUGGCCCUCGGCCUGCUCCUACCGGUCCUGCUCCCGUUCCAGUACAGGGUCCCAGCUCGCAGACGAUGCAUACGGCAGGCUCGGCGCCCGGCCGUGUUCACGACUCGCAGCCGAUGCUGAUUUCGGCGUCGGAGCCGGGCCGUGGCCCCGGCCUCUUCGACGAGGUCAAGAUCGUUGUGGGGCCCACGUGUGGGCCGAGGAAGGCGGCGAACGGCACGGUGACGGGAGGCUCAACCUUGGCGUCGACAGCGGGGCACAUUCCCUCGCAGCAGGGCGCCCGUCUCGCUGGCAGCCCUGGCUCGCUCAUGACUCGCGGCCCGAGCGCCGUCUCCUUGGUAGCAGGGACAUUCCAUUUCCCAGCGUCCGCAAGCACCACGCCCAACGGUACUGUCUGUGGCUUGACCCAGGCCUCGAGUCAAGCCACCACCCCAGGAUGGUGCCUCACGCCUGGCAGCGGAAUGGGCCAAGUAUCGCAACUUUCUAACCUGUUGCCAUUCAAGUCGGCCGUGAAUUCUCCGUACAACUACCAGCCCGCUCAGCUGCAGGCCUCUCCAGGCGUGCAACCCUCUCUGCAGUUCUCGCAGCCGAGUAACCAGGUGCUACAUGUCGCACACGCCGCCCAGCCUACCAAGCGCAAGGCCGACGAGGCACAGCUAGAGGAGCCAGCCAUCUCCAAACGAGUUGCCACUGGCACACCAUCGCCUCUCGGCCUCGCCGGCUUCUAUCCCAUGCCCCCGGACAUGGUCCCUCUCAACUCUGUGUCCUCCCCCACUGCCGUGUCAUCUGGCAUCGGGGCCUCGGGCGCCGUAACCCGGGUUGACCAUAAUUCGUUCUUCCAUCUUUUGGCGGAGGGUGGGCAGUCGAGCGGACUCAGCAACAGCGAGGCGACAGGCGAGAAAAACCGGAGUGGAGCAAGCGACCGAGACCUGCCCGCCGCACCCGAUGCUGAGGCGAUUCUGGCUAAGUUUCUGCCCGAGGAUCUCGAAGCGAUGUGGGCUACUGUUGAGGAGGUGUUGGGAGCAGGACGCACAGUCCAUGCGGCCGGCGACUUGGAAGGUGGCGCCUCUCCUGCGAAGCACGACUCGUUGUUGUCCAGCGAGAGAGGAGGUGGCAACGUUGAGAAUGAGGAGGACGAGGGGGUAUUCGAGCCUCCUGCAGCGCCGUUCUGUCCGCUGUCGGACGAGCAGACUGGGGGGAUAAUGGCCCUGUUUCAGCCCGAGGAUCUCGACGCGAUGUGGUUGACUGUUGAGGAGAUGUUGGGAGCAGCACGAGCAGACCAUGGCGAGUAG